UAUAAUCCAACUUUAAAAAAAAAAACAUAUUUUGUCUACUCAAUUUUUUUAAAAAAAAAAACAAAGCCCACAUGGGGAACUGCUUAGUUUUGCAGGCAAGUGUGAUCAAAGUCAUGAAAACAGAUGGGAAAUUGCUAGAAUAUAAAACACCCAUGAAAGCAGAUAAGGUGUUAUCAGAUUUUGAUAACCAUGCAAUAUCUGAUUCAUUACCUGCUGUCAAGUUGAAUCAUGUUCUUCCACUGCCGGGACCAGAACCUGCAACAAAGAAGGUAAAAUUUGCAGAUCAAGAAGCGGACAGGGAAGGGAUUGAGGUGGUAAGGAUUAAGAUCAUCAUAAGCAAGCAGGAGUUGGAAGCACUGUUGAGUAAAGAUCAGGUAUCAGUUGAUGACAUGGUUCACCAUCUCCAUCAAAACCAGAAAAGCUCAAAUGAGGAGGCCGGUUGCAGGGGAUGGAAACCCAUGCUGGAUAGUAUACCUGAACUUGACUAGCAUAUAUUGUAUAAGGGGUUCCCUAUCUUUGUUAUCCUUUAAGGGUUCAUUAUGACUUUCAUGGUACAUUUAAAAAUGAAUGAAUGUGGACAUGGUGU